CUUCCGGCGUCAUCAACCAACCAACCAAGCUCUCGCGCGCGCAACGAUUUUUUUGCCAACGACGACGAUACGAUUGCGAUUAAAUACUCGAGUGAAGGAAGAAGAUAGGAAAGUGGGAAGAAGGGGGAUAGAUACGAAAGAAGGAAACGAGGGAAGAAAGAAAGGAAGGAAGGGAGAGCUGCUGAAGCUAUGGAGUCGUCUACACAACCUGGGCAGCUUAGCUGGCGGCUGAGCGCGCAUCCGAUUACGUUGUUGUGGUUUUUGGGGUUUAGGAUAUCCUCCCUCCUAGUCUACCUCUUUGGCCUCCUCUUCACCUCCAACUUCGUCCUAAUCUUCAUAAUCACCAUCCUCCUCCUAGCCGCCGACUUCUACUACCUCAAGAACAUCGCCGGUCGUCGCCUGGUGGGUUUAAGAUGGUGGAACGAAGUCGAUGUGUCGACGGGGGACUCGCAGUGGGUUUUUGAGAGUGCGGAUCCGGCGACUAAGGUUGUGAAUGCGACGGAUAGUAGGUUCUUUUGGUUGGCGAUGUAUGCGCAGCCUUGUUUGUGGGUGGGGUUGGCGAUUUUGGCGGUGGUGAGGUUUGAGUUUAUUUGGUUGACGCUUGUUGUCAUCGCACUCGUCCUCACAAUCACGAAUACCCUCGCCUUCUCGCGCUGUGACAAGUUCAGCCACGCUUCGAAUCUGGCGGGUAGCGCGCUCUACUCAGGUGGAUUGGCGAGGAAUCUUGCUGGUGGGAUGAUGAGCCGUUUCCUGGGGGGGAGAUCGUGAGGGAUGGUUUGAGGGUUGGGAUUUGUGGG